UGAACUUUGCAGCUGCCAAUAACCAACUGCAGACACUGCGAUGGCUACAUUUUCAUCGACGAGAAGGAUGCGGAACAAUCGCGAUGGAUGAAGCUGCAGGACACGGUCAUUUGCAGGUUGUGAGAUGGCUACAUACGCAACGGAAGGAAGGCUGUACGUCUAAUGCGAUGGACAAUGCAGCCGCUAACGGACACUUGGAAGUUGUCAAAUGGCUACAAAAACACCGUGAAGAAGGCUGCACAUUUCAAGCUAUGGAUCGUGCCGCUGCUGGAGGCCACUUGGAGACGAUCAAAUGGCUACAAACGAACCGAUUCGAAGGCUGCACGACAGCGGCAAUGGAUAACGCUGCAGCUAACGGAUGGCUACAAACAGUGCGCUGGUUGCACGAGCACCGAAUUGAAGGAUGCACGACUAGUGCGAUGGAUGAGGCUGCUGGCGGAGGACAUUUCGAGGUGAUGUUGUUCCUCUUUGCCAACCGCAAUGAAGGAUGCACGUGGCGAGCGGCUGAGAACGCGACGCGUGCCAGAAAUCUCGAGAUUGUGCAAUGGCUACAUUCGCAUUAUCCAGAUCAGUUCGACCGAAAUCGUGUGAUUGCAGCUGCCGACAGAGACGAUUUCUAUAUGAUGGAAUGGCUACAUAGUCUCGCUUAGGUGGCUGGUAUGUAUUACCGUGGCGAGAAGCGAGAACGUCAACGCAACGAGGUAACAUGAAUAAAGUGAAUGAAGAGUUUUGAAGCAGA